CCGAAGAAAGCAUUAAAGUUUAUUCGAGAAACGGGGACGUCAUAGUGCGAGACUGUGUUGAAGUAGCAAAUAUUAGAAAGUGCGUGGUGCAGAAGGAAGAUAGUACGUCAUGUACCUGGAAGUGUUGUGGCUCGUUGUACAUUUUACGGCAUCUCUGAGAGUUAAUGCAAUAGCAGUUCAUGGGGAAGGACCAUGUAGUUCACCACCGGCACGAGGGGACUGUGAGGAGGAUCACGUGAGAUAUUACUUCAAUCCGUAUGACGGAGACUGCCAGGAGUUCGUUUACAGCGGCUGCGCCGGAAACGAGAAUAACUACCGCAACCUGCGAGAAUGCAUGGACUCCUGUUUGCCAACUUAUGAAGAAAACUACAUUCCCCGUUUUUGUUACCUACCCAAGGGAAGAGGACUGUGCAACGAGUCACUGCUACGAUACUUUUAUAAUCCUGACAGCGGCCGUUGCGAAGCAUUCAUGUAUUCGGGUUGCAUGGGCAAUGCCAACAAUUUCCACAGCGUGGGGGACUGCAAAUUGUUCUGCAGACUUUCGGGACAAGCAACACUUUCCAGGAAGCCUCCCAUGUGCUACUUGCCACCCGAAAGAGGGAGUUGCGGAGGCUUUCUACCGAGGUUCUAUUACGAUGAGUACAACGCAGAGUGCAGGAAGUUCCAAUACAGCGGAUGUCUGGGAAACGAUAACAAUUUUGCGACAGAAAUAGAGUGCGAGAAAACAUGUAGUUAAGUCGCUCCCCGUGCCUCCUUUUAUGCCAGUAUCGGAUUUAUAAAUACUGAAUCUGGAACAGCCGCAGCAAAAAGUAACUUUAUCUCGCGGCGCCGGUGCAUUUAUGCAGAAGAGAACGGACUUCCUAGUUAUUACGGAUGUACAACAUUAUUACCAUUAAUGGAGUGUUCCUAACAGCAGUUUAGUGUGUAUGCUUUGUAACGGGAUAAAAUUAAUAGCAUAAAAUAGUAUGUUUAUAUUAUUUGUAUAUACUAUUUAUAUUCUUUGUGUAUACUGUAUAUACUGUUUGUUAAGACAGUCCCUUGUUCUUUGCUUUUCUUUUUUUUUUCAAGGUCUGAUCAUGUGACAGCAACAUUUUGUUUGAGCGGCGUACCACGAACGACGCGCAUUUUGGUGCUACUUUUAUUUCCAUAGCAGUGCCGAAUAUGUUUUUCGUCGAAUUCGAAAUUGUGGCUGCUUAGGGUGAGUGGAAGGCCCCCGGACAGCACAUCCAGCGUACUCUGUUGUCGUGCGAAUUACGUAUGUGCGCAUUUUUCGCCGUCAUCGAAGAUUUCGAAGACGUCGAAGAUUUCAAGGAAGCACAACGCCGGGAGAAAGAUACCUUCAAUGACGACAAGGAAGUGGGUAGCGUAUUUCAUUUUAAAGGACAAUUUAAAUGUGACACCUUCAGGAUGCGAUCGACAAAAGAGAAUAUAUUUUCUGGUGAUGUGCAAUAACAAGACACAAUGAAUCUACCACGAAUUCCUUAUUUCUGAAGUUUUCGCAGCAUGCAUAUUAAAUUUGUUGUGCAUGCGUUC